GGUCGGCGGGGAUUUGUUUUGCACUCUCUAGACUUCCUCCUCUGCGUGUUUUCAUAAACAAACCACAUUUUUCUUCCACCGGGGCCGCAGCACGGUUAUCUCGGUCGCCUGCCAACAUUGUCGAAAUUCGGCUGCCGUUUCAGCGAAGGUAGUAGAAGAACUUUGAAGGCUGUUGGGGAUUCAAACGAGGGACGCGGGUAAACAGGCUCCGCUGCAACCACCACAGGCUGUCUGUUUGUCUUUAUUGUCCGAGCCGUCAGCGCGUGGUCGACUGUUGGACCGAGCCGACCUGCCGACCACAUACCUGCCCUCACCGUUGGAUGAUUUCCGUCUGUCAGUCGCAUUGGUCUGCUGUGUAGACUGCGAAGAGUUUCAGUUUUUGUCAGACAUGGUGAAGCUAACGAAAGCCAAGACAUUCCAGGCUUACCUGGACUCCUGCCACCGCCGCUACAGCUGUGUGCACUGCCGCGCCCACCUGGCCAACCAUGACGAUCUUAUCUCCAAGUCUUUCCAAGGCAGUCAGGGCCGAGCCUACCUGUUCAACUCUGUGGUGAACGUCGGCUGUGGUCCUGCGGAGGAGAGGCUGCUGCUCACGGGCCUUCACGCAGUAGCCGACAUCUACUGUGAAAACUGUCACACCACACUUGGCUGGAAAUAUGAACAAGCCUUUGAGCUGAGUCAGAAGUACAAGGAGGGGAAGUUUAUCAUCGAGCUGUCCCACAUGAUAAAGGACAACGGCUGGGACUGAGAGGGAAAUCUUCAUCUUUUCUUCAUGACUCUUUCAAAAGUUGCAUCCCCUUGACUUAAAAGGGUUCCAGUGUAGCCUCCUCAUCCCGCGUACGAGCCAUCGCUGUGCCACACUUUCACUUUGUACGGCUUUGCCAAGAAUAGCAUGUGAUGCCUUAUCUUUUUCUGUUCUUCAUGUUUUUCCGGCGACCACAACAACACAUUUGCUGAUAUUGCUAUCCCAAUUGCUAGUUGUGCUGGGACAUGGACUGAAUGGGUGCAGGGUUUGUGUGUGUGAACGACUGGGAGAUGUAGUCACACAGGCACGUGUGCAUGUUGGAUUUUGAAGCGUGUGUUUGAGUGAUGAAACCCGUAUCAGCGACCACGAAGCUCGCUCUGUGGGGGCGAGGCCAGAGCAAGUUAAAUAUUGACCUUAUUAUACACGAGACUAAGGUAUUUGGUUUUCCUUUUGAUUUUAAGGUGCACAUUUAGACAUAUCUGGCCCAAAAUGAGCAUUGUAUUUAGGCCUGUUUGACCCAUAGAUAAUUUAUGAGUGAUGCAAGGGUAUGGGAAUACUUCGAGCAGUGGGGGGGCUUGUUUUUUAUCAGUGAAAUUCAUGUUUUUUAUGGUAAGAUCAGUAAUACUUGUUCAUAUUUUGCCAAAGGCAAUCAGGAUGUUGAAUUAGUAAAAUGGAAUGCCGCACAAGUCUUCUACAAGAAUUCUUAAAUCUGGAGUAUGAGUGUUGUAUGCUUGCAGGUAUAGAUUUUACUGUGUGUGUGUGUGUGUGUGCGCGUGUGUGUCUGUGCAGCGUAUGCUGAGCUGGAUACAUGUGGGGUUCACAUCUAGAGUUUUCACUGCACAGCCAGGAUAUCUUGACUUUCACUUCAUGCUGAUGAGAUCUAUCCUACAUGUGUUUGUGUUUAACCUAACACUGAGCUGCCCUUACAGAUACAUUUACUCGAUUGUGUUAAAGUGUGAUUAGGACUAUGUAGCAUAUUUAUGGUGAUUUUAAUGUCUGCUUCUUCCAUUAAAAGUGUAUUAUUUUAACCUAAUCUUUCAUUAAAAUACAGUGUGUAUGUAACCUGUGCA